AUGAGAAUACAACUAAGCAGAAUUGAUUUGCAAUGUGUCAUUGCGCUUUCUUGCCUGGGCCAAUUUGUUCAGGCGGAAGCUAAUCGGAGAGAGUUGAAGCAGAUUGACUUUCAGUUUCCAGUAUUGGAAAGAGCUGCUACAAAAACGCCUUUUCCGGAAUGGCUUAGUGCAUUCACCGGGUUAAAAGAAUGGCCUGGGUUGGAUCCUCCUUAUAUACCUUUAGAUUUCAUCGAUUUCAGUCAAAUUCCAGAUUAUAAAGAAUACGAUCAAAAUCAUUGCGGCGCCGUUCCAAGAGAAUCAUGUUCUUUCGACUGUCAUCAUUGUACCGAGCACGAUGAUGUGUACACAUGUUCCAAACUUUCUCAGACAUUUGACGAUGGUCCUUCUGCUUCUACUACUAAAUUAUUGGACCAGUUGAAGCAUAACUCUACCUUUUUCAAUUUAGGUAUCAAUAUAGUCCAACAUCCAGAUAUAUAUCAUAGAAUUCAAAAGGAGGGACAUUUAAUUGGCUCACAUACAUGGUCUCACGUAUAUUUGCCAAAUGUAACAAAUGAAAAAAUAAUAGCUCAGAUUGAAUGGUCCAUCUGGGCAAUGAAUGCCACCGGCAAUCAUACACCCAAAUGGUUCAGACCUCCUUAUGGCGGAAUUGAUAAUAGAGUAAGAGCGAUCACAAGGCAGUUCGGCUUACAAGCUGUCUUAUGGGAUCAUGACACUUUUGAUUGGAGCCUCCUUCUCAAUGAUUCUGCCAUAACUGAACAAGAAAUUCUUCAAAAUGUAAUAAACUGGAACAAAUCAGGUACCGGAUUAAUAUUAGAACACGAUUCAACAGAAAAAACUGUCGAUCUUGCCAUCAAGAUCAAUAAGUUGAUAGGUGAUGAUCAAUCAACCGUUUCUCAUUGUGUCGGUGGAAUUGAUUAUAUCAAAGAAUUCUUGUCCUGA